AAACGUGCCCUAGGCAGCAAGGUAAUGAAUGACCCAAUUGCCUCCAAUUUCUUUCUCAAUUGCCUUUAAUUUCUCUCUUUCAAUUAUCUUUAAUUUCCUCUUUCAAUUACCGUUAAUCUCUCUAUUUCAAUUACCUUUAAUCUCUCUCCUAAUCUCUCUCUCAAAGUUUGGACUUUGGAGAGCAACCAGUCAUCAUUAUUUAAGAGAAACGUCGCGAACUCUUAUUUCAUGUAAAUUUUUUUUUUUUUCUCAAACGAACAAAUCAUCUAAGCGAAACAAAAUCCUUCUCUCGCGAAGACCACUCGAAACGAAUCUCGCCGGGAAAUCCAUUUUUCCCGGGCACCUCUGCAGCUUUCCGGCUCCAUUCGAUUAGGUACGCACAAGCCUGAAACCCUAAUCUUAUCGCAUUUAGGGUUACGAAAUAGAUUCCAUGAAUCUUUGGAGCCAACCCUGAUCUAGCUGGUUCUUGAAAAAUCUACAACGAGGGGUUGGGGUUUCAGUUUUUCUGGUCUAUGAGAGUUGUUAGAUUGAGUUUGAUCAAAUUAAUAUUAGCCAAUGCGAGAUUUAGGUUGAGAACUGGGGUUUCAGAGAUAUUAAUGUUUGAGUUUUUGAAUUGACGGACCCAGGGCUCUGAUUAGGGUUUGAAUAUCGGUUCAUUUCUCAGUAUCGGAAUUUGUGAUCUCUUUGUGCUUGUGCAUUCAUAUAUGAAUACAAAGAUUGGUCAAAGAAACGGGUUUCAUUUCUGCUCCUUCAAUUGUUUUGGCGGUUUGCAUUCUUGAAUUGAUGUAACUCAGGUUAGCCAGAUAUUGAACUCUGCACUUAAUUUAGAGCAUCAAUUUCAAGUUCGAAUCGAGAUUUGUGAAACGACCCAGUUUUAGUGUGAGUAACUGAUACCCUUUUUGUCGAAACUAAAAGGAAGAGAUUAGUGAGCGAAACUGAUAUAUCAUUCUUGGAGUGCUUCCUUGUUUCGAGAGCAGAUUGAUACCUCUGUCUUUGAGCGUUUUAGAGCAUGAUACAUGGCUAAAUUAUCAUUCGAUGGCAACAAGAAGGCACGAAUGAAUUUAAAGAAUCAGCCAGAUACACAUUCUAGGUCUAUUCAUGAUACAGUGAAUGGUUCCCAUGACUAUAAGAUAAAGGGUUAUUCUCUUGCAAAGGGAAUGGGUGUGGGUAAAUACCUAGCGAGUGAUACUUUCAAUGUCGGUGGUUACGAAUGGGCCAUAUAUUUCUAUCCAGAUGGUAAAAACCCUGAAGAUAGCUCCCUCUAUGUGUCGGUUUUUAUUGCACUUGCUAGUGAAGGUACAGAUGUGCGUGCGCUUUUUGAGCUUACAUUGCUGGAUCAGAGUGGGAAAGGGAAGCAUAAAGUUCAUAGUCAUUUUGAUCGAUCUCUUGCUAGUGGGCCGUAUACCUUGAAGUACAGAGGGAGCAUGUGGGGUUACAAGCGUUUCUUUAGAAGGUCAGCCCUUGAAGCCUCGGAUUACCUCAAGGAUGACUGCUUGGCCAUGCGCUGCACUGUUGGAGUCGUGAGAAAUCGUUUUGAAGGAAUAAUGCAGUAUAGUAUCUAUGUUCCACCAAGCGACAUGGGUCAGUGCUUCAAGGAGUUGCUGGAUACGGGCAGUGCUUCUGAUGUAGUCUUUGAAGUUUGUGGGGAGACAUUUAAAGCUCAUAAACUGGUACUCGCUACCCGCUCACCAGUUUUCAAAGCCCAGUUCUUUGGUUUGGUUGGAGAUCCCAACAUUGAUAAGAUAGAGAUUGAGGGCAUAGAACCUGCUGUUUUCAAGGCAAUGCUACAUUUUAUAUACUCCGACACACUACCAGACUUGCCUGAGUCGUCUUCAACAUAUUCUUGGACGCCCAUGGCUCAGCAUCUGUUAGCUGCAGCUGAUCGCUAUGGCCUUGACCGGCUGAAGCUGGUGUGUGAGGCCAGGUUAUGUGAGGAAGUCUCCACUGAUUCUGUGGCCACCACCUUGGCUCUUGCAGAGAGAUACCACUGCAAGCAACUGAAGGAUGUUUGUCUUAGGUUUGCUGCUGCUCCAUCACAUUUAGGAGCUGUUAUGCAGUCGGAUGGGUUCAGUUACCUAGAAGAAGAGUGUCCGACUAUUUUGUCGGAGCUGUUGAAGAUGGUAGCUGUCGCAGAUGAGGACUCGAGCCCAAUGAGCAGGAAGAGAGGCACCCAAUGGCUAACCCUUAGUGACUCAGGCGAUGCGAGGAGGGCAAGGCCCAGGUUGUAGAGAUGGAAGGGUUGGUUGGUGUACAUGCUUUUGGUUGUGAUGGAAAUAGGCACAUCCGUGUAUAGGGGAAGAGCUGUAUUUCUUGAUGUGUUUUUUUGGUUGGGAUUGAUUGAGCUUCACUGGAGAGAAUGGUACUUUUGUCAAUUUUGAGUCUUGGAAGGAAUGUGGGGUCUCUCUCUUCCUGAA